AUGAAUGAUGAACAGUUCCGCGAUUUUAUGGCACGACACUACAUCCCCGGUGGAAACUACGAGCUGCCUGUGGACGAUUGGGAAACGCUCCCCGUUGCCGACCGGCUUCGUCUCGGUGAGAGACUGAAGACCCAAGAAAAAGCGCUCGCGCGGUGCCCGACGACGUUUUCCCGCUCCCUCGAUUUGGACUUGCUCGAUGCCCGCCUGCAUCAAGCCUUUGCUGGCGGCGUGCCGCCGCGCGAUGUACGGUUCGCCGACGAUUCCGAAUGCCUAAGCCCUGUCCUUGAUCCCGAGGCCGAGAAAAUAAGAUACGAGAGGGAAUCACAUCAAAGUCUUGUCAGGGCUGGCGGCCGGCCGCUAUACGCAAUAGAUCUGCUUGAAGUUGUUCUUAAUGACCCAAGCUCGUUCGUCGACACGCUGCGGCCCUGGUUGAACACCUCUACUGGAAAUCGCCCUGAGACUGUAUUCCAGAGGCAGCUUUCCAGAUGGCAAGACUUCGGCAAAUGGCAAAAUGACAACCGAGGUCGGCAAGACGAUGACGGUGGAUUUCUUGCAUAUAUCGAGAAAGAGAAACAUUUCGCAAAAACCGAAUACACUAAGGAGGCGGGUAUGAGGAGGAUAGCCGAGAUUGAGAAGAACCCAGCGUGCCUCCAAGGCGACUGGGAACUGCACCAGUCGCUGCGCAGACGACAGCGAUACUUGUGCAGGGAGCACGGCUGCAAAGGUUUUGAGGACUAUGUUGGUGCUGCGAAGCGUCGUCUGUCAUCACAUGGUUUCUCGCAGCGGUUUGAUUUGAAUGUUGAUCCUGGGAGGCAAGACAAGCUGACAACGUGGAUCGAGUACCUCAACUACGAAUACUGGUGGCUCGACCAAUAUCGAAAUACUAUCGAACGUCUCCAGCCGGCUUACGACAAAGCUUGGCAAGAGCUUGUGGCCUUGGACAUACUUAGGCCGCACGAGACGGAGGAAUUUUUGCGGACAUUGGAGUCGCCGAUGGAACGCGGAUCGGAGGAGGAAGAGACUCAAAAGAACAUCGAGAAAGCCAAGGCACGGGCCCGGGAUGUCUUUGCCCUGACCCAAGAACAUCCAGACCGAAGAAAAAUUCCCAAACAGAGACGAGUCGCGAUGCUGCAAACCAGCACGAAAAGCAUCAUCGACGCAGAGAAACGAGCGCGUGACGUUCGGACUAGGAACGAUCACAUUACAAGAUUCAUUCGCGCCACAUCGGAGUAUGUCGAUGCGCGUAAAAAUGCCGCCCGACACACCGAACUCGUUCGAUGGGUAGAGGACCAAGUGCCGUUAGUCCCUUCCGAGAUGACGGCACAAGCGGAACGCCCCGCCAACGGGUCACGUAGUGAGCGAAGCGCGAAGCGGGGUCUUCAUACCGACGAGUCACCUUUGGAGGAUGAAGUUCGGCAGAAACGACGGAGGCUGGACAAGGAAACAGCGCCGGCUCGUCCAAAUAGUGGAUCGAUUUCUAGUGACAGGCUCACGUCCACGGUCUUAGAUCCAAGGCGAGUAGAGACAAGAGGCGAAAUAUUGGGCUCCCGAUGGGAGCAGGCCAUGAUAGGGCCGUCGUCCCGGGACUCUCAAGCGGUUCUUCGCGAUGUCAGGCGCAGCAUACGUAUCUCACGUCGAACAUCUACCGACCGUACGGCGCGGCGGCUCGCAGGACGAACGCAAGAAUCGCGUCGCGAGAAACGUUUAAUAAGCUGA